AUGGGCAACAUUUCUAGAUGUGGGAUACGGAAGCCCUCUCACCUCUUGUUUUCAUGGGCAGGCCUCUCUUCCAAAGGAUGGUCCAUGCACGUCCCCUCGGAGGUGGUGGGCGAGGUUGGCAAGUCCGUGGCUCUGCCCUGCACGUUCACACACCCCCACAAGAUGUACGACAAGGCCCUGACCGCCAUUUGGCACGUGAGGGAGCCUUUCGACGGCCCGGUGGUGUUCAAGUGUGUCACCCAAAGUUCCAGUGACCUCUGCAGAGUUACGGUGGGCUUGAAGAACCGAUACAAACUCCUGGGAAACCCCCGACAGAACAAUCUCUCGCUCCAAAUUGAGAAUCUCAACUGGAACGACACCAACCGAUACUUCUGCCGGGUCGAAUUCUCGGGGGAUCUCCACGACAAAUACGAAAGCCGGAUGGGGAUUCAUCUCCGUCUCGUAGCUGCCCCCAGGAUUAUAAAUAUCUCUGUCCAGGCUGGGAAGGAUCGUGACUUCCAUGCCAUGUGCACGGCUGAAGGUGAACCUCUGCCCACCCUGAUGUGGGCUGGUCCCCUGUCUGGAAAUGCCACCUCCGUGUCCAGCACAGGUCACCAGAUCACCAAGGAGCUUCAGCGCCUGUCUCACGAUGGGAAGUACACCUGUGUGGCCACCAACAGCCACGGCAGAGCAGAAGCGAGCGUCUACGUCUACAGGUUCAAAGCUGGAAGUGCUUCCUGGAUCAUGAUUCUCUUGUUCGUAGCUUUGGGGAUCAAGCUGGUGGCCCUGCUGGUGAUCUUAGGGAUCGGGGCCUAUUGCAAGGGAGGUACGUAUCCCUCUUUUAAAUGCCAGUGA